GAACUCCCUCCCAUGGCAUAGGCACAUUCUCUAUUGUUUUUUCAGUGCCUGAACACCUCCCAGCUCAUAAAAGGUUGAGGGCAGGGCAGGCAGCAGACGCAUCGAAGGUGCAGUGAUGAGGGCGGACACAAAGCGAACCUGCAUCUCCCUGCUCAGUCUGAUGAUGACAGUAGCUUGUGGGGUCGCCCUUGAUACCUACCCAGAAGUGCAGGUCGUGCGCCUGGGAGGGGACGAGAAGUUGGCCAUACUCCGGGGAUGCCCCGGUGCUCCUGGUGCAACAGGGCCCCAAGGGGAUCCAGGUGUCCCUGGUGCAAAAGGUGAAAGGGGCCUGCAGGGACUCCCUGGGAAAAUUGGACCCCCGGGAUUGAAAGGAGACAAGGGUGACCCAGGUGCUCAUGGGGAGAAAGGAGACAAAGGUGACCCAGGUGCUCAUGGGGAGAAAGGUGAUAAAGGUGAUGCAGGAGCCCCAGGGAAGAUUGGACCCAAUGAGCUGAAUGACAUCCACUGCAAGCAGGGUGCCAGAAAUUGCAAAGAGCUGUUGGCCAAGGGGGUGCUCCUGAGCGGCUGGUACACCAUCUACCCCCGGGACUGCGUGCCCCUGACGAUGCGGUGCUGUGUGACAUGGAUACCGACGGAGGGGGAUGGAUCGUCUUCCAAGGCGAGCGGACGGCUCUGUGGAUUUUUACCGGGACUGGGACUCUUACAAGAGAGGGUUUGGAAGCCAGCUCACGGAAUUCUGGCUGGGAAAUGACAACAUCAACCUGCUGACCUCCUUGGGAGAGAAUGAACUGCGCAUCGACCUCACCGAUUUUGAUAACAACCACGUAUUUGCCAAGUACGCAUCCUUCAGAAUUUCAGGGGAAACGGAUCAGUACCGGCUGGCGCUUGGGAAUUUCACCGGAGGCACUGCAGGUACCUCUUUGGAAACUGUCCUGCCUCUUUCUGGGGCUACAGGAGGGAAAACAAUCAAACAAUGGAGCAAAGUGACCUGAUGGGAGAAGUGUGCUGUCUGACAUGUCCUCUCCCCAAACUUGUCAAAACAUUUGGGAAGCAGCAGGGAGCGAAGGCAAAAGAGGACAAGGCAGAUCCUGGGAACUGCAGAGGAAGAGGCCCUUGAAGAAGCCGUUUACUCCCCUCCCUUUGUCACACUUUUUGUUCCUGAUGGGGUAAACUUCCCUGGUGAAGCUCAGAAGACUCCGUUAUUUCCCUCAA